AUGCUUCCAGCGACCAGAACAUCUGUCGAGACAUCGGCUGAACCGUACGUGCUCAUUGGAGGGCUUGUGACAUCCGGACAGAACGAGAUUGACCAGUCCGCAGACUCCCCCAAGCAAAUAUAUCAAUGUUCUUCGUGCCCUAAAAGAUUUGUCCGGAAGGAUUUACUGCGCCGACAUGAAAAGCGCCACGAGAGAGGCAUGUGGUUUCGGAAUUCUGGCGGCAUCGUCUCUUCAGCGCCUUCACGGCAAACCUCGGAUCCAGAUACUCAACGCCGCAGCAUUGAACCAGCAUCACACUCAACUGCUGAACCGGAGCAGUUUUCUGGAAUACCGACAGCCUCCACAAUGAACAGCCCACCGGGGGAUCCUCCCAACAUGAUGGACACCGUCGUUCCCGAUGGAACGGUGACUUCUCUAUUUAUGGACCCCUCUUUUACUGGCUCGGAUCCAUUGCUGGACUUCGAAUGGCUUUUCGACAAUGUUCCAACGGACUUCAGUGCUCCUGCUGAUGGCGGGUUGACCGAUAUUAUCUCGCCGGGCCAUAGUGCUUCAACCACGGAGAUGUCGCCCCCUUCCUUCCCCAUGCAGUCGCAAAAUAUUCGCCUGCCAGCCCCGGCCUCGCCAUAUUCUUUUGCGCCCUGGGUAAUUGUCCAGGAUCGAUUAUUUGAUGCCCUUAGUACCCUUCCUCAUGAACUCAUCACCUCGUCUUUUUUCUCUCCAUCCAAUCUCUCCCACUUCUAUGAUCUGUACUUCGAGAACUACCAUCCCCAUUUUCCUAUCCUACACAAAUCGACUCUUGAUCCUACUACGGCUCCACCUCUUCUCAUGACUGCCAUUGUGACACUGGGAUCUACUUUGUCGAGUGAACCUGCUCACUUUGAAGGAGCAGUCAAGAUUCAUGACUCCUUGCGGUAUAUUAUCUUCAAUACCCCGGAUUUUGAGCCGCCUGCUGCACUAUGGUGCGUUCAAACGCUCCUGCUCAUCCAAGCACAAGAGAAAAUGUUUUCUACUAGAAAGCAUCAUCAAUUGGCACACAUAUUUCACGGAGCUAUAAUAACUCUUAUGAAACGAGGCGUCUCAUACGCCUCAGACCAUCAAGGGUCUUCAGACCUGGAGCAGUCUUGGCGACAUUGGAUUGACAUUCAGUCAUCGAACCGCACGGCAUUUUUCGGCUUUGUCAUGGAUGCACAGCAUAGCUUUAUGUUUGGUCAUACUUGCGUCCUCUCAGUCCAGGAUGUACGCCUUCCUUUACCGUGUCCCGACUACGUGUGGGAGUGUAAUAACGCUCAAGACUGGGAACGAAUGAUGAGAAGACUUCCAGAACCACCAGGCUUCUUGCCUGUGUUGAAGAAGCUUCUGGCUCGCACUCCAAUCCCGCCGCACUGCGAUGCAUAUGCCCGUCUGAUUCUCCUUCAUGGACUUUUCAGCGUUACCGCCCAUUUAAAAGCCAGGGAGUCUGCCACUCUGGGUGUGGGUGGCAUUCCAGUUGGUGGUUCCCCCCGGUUGGGCCCUGUCGAUAGUUGGAAAGAGACUCUAGAGAAGGCUAUGGACACAUGGUCAUUUUGCCUGGUCUCACGAAGCUCGUCAUUGGCACUGGAAGCAUCCAAACCACUUCAUCGGAUGGCAUAUGUCGCCAUUUAUACCGAAAUUACGGAUAUGCAUAUCCUGGCUGGGGCUCCGUCUCUUCUGGGAAAUCUUCUCUCUGAGGCUGAUCUGACAGGAGCAACCUCUCGGGUGUGUGCCUGGAGUGAAAAGCCAGAGUCAAAGAGAGCUAUCUACCACUGUCUCCUCCUUAUCCAGGAGGUCCUUUUUACGGGUAAGGUGUACCGAGCUGCUCACGACAAUCUUUCACUUCGUCCCUGGUCUCUAUACCACGCUGCCCUUAUUCUGUGGGCGUAUGGAUUCAUGGCUGGGAAACGAGCUCCUGUGUCCGACGGACAAGGCUCCUGUGGUGCCGAAGAAUACUUGGUUCGCAUGCUCAUGCUUCUUCGGCAUGAUUCUGAAAACAUCGUACAUGUGUCACAACAGACCCGUGAACUUCUAAAAACCGUUCGAGAGUGUUUAGAGGGUUGUCGGUGGGAAUUGCUGCAUGAAGCGUACGAUACCUUGGGGAAAUUAAUUGAAAUGUCAUAG